CCCGUCACCUGCGAGCACGUCCAGGUUUCUUGUCGCUACUGGAGACGCAGUGGAUCUUCGAUUUCGCUGCAUGAUUCAUCGAUUCCGGUUUCAACCGUUCCCAUGUGAUCUCCGGUAGUCUCCUCCUCUAUCCCAGCUCUUUCGUCGUUCAUCUUCGCACACAGAAGAAUCUCGUUCUCCGUUGUGUUUGGCUUGCCACCUUUUCUUUUUUCCCCUAGUUCUGCUCCACGAGGUCGAGAUCGAGCGCGGAGACAUUGCAAGAUCUCGAGCUGAGAUUUGGCCUGUCUACCCUAUACAAAUGCCAGAUUUGGCAGCAAGUCGCUUAAGGGGUUGUCCUGAGUUAAUACUGUUAUACUGAUCGAAGACUGCGAUGACGAUGUAGGAUGUAUCCUCCUGCGUCUUGCGGAGAGGUAUUUCUACAGGGCCAUGCAAUCUUUCGGCUUGAUUAAGAUGGUUGGGUUCAAUCCAUACUCAAGUUACUCCAGUUCAUGUGCACCUGCAAUUGAGAAGAUGAUCUAGAACUUCGGCUUGGAGUUGGAGCUUCUAAUCAGUAUCUUGGGAGUUUAAAUGGCUGGAGUACUACAUCAGAAGACAGAUCGAAAGGCCCAAAUGCUUGGAAUUCCGGCAAGAUAUGUCUUUGAAUCUUUUCCUCUCCAGAUGAUUAUUUCUUGUAACUUAACUGAAAUAUGAACUCCGGGAAGGAACUGAAUGCAGGAAAGCUCAAAGUUACUAGUUCUUCUUUCAUAGUUAGCUUGUCACUCAUAGCUGUUUCUUUCUUUAAUGUUGUAUACAUCUAAAAAAAAAUUGCUGUAUGCAUCUACUAUGGAGCUUAAUAGAAUUUCUGGAACCUCCGUUUCCUUGUUUGUAUUUUCAAGAUCCUCCACCCUUUUUCAAAUUUUGGGUACCUAAUUUUCUCCUCUUUUCCAAACUUUGUGAACCUAAUUUCUGGUCCGAACCAUGCCCUAAUUGUCCCAUCCUUACACUUAAUUUGAUCAUAGAUUCAACAUUUUGUUGUUCUAUAGCAUUAUUGAUUAUAGUAGUUCUGCAUCUGCAUUAUGGUGAGUGUUCCUGGUGACGUAGUUCAGGUGUGACUACGAUGUACUAUUUGUAUGGACACAAUGAGGGAGGCGACAACCACUUGCGGACAUAUGUUUUGUAAAGCUUGCAUCACUAGUGUCAUCCUGUCAGAGAAGCAAUGUUCAACCUGCCGAGAGAAGCUCUCUCAAAAUAACAUUCACUGUAUAUACCUUCCAGGAGCAACUUCCUCAUUAUGCAGUGACUUUAUCUAAUGUCAUCAGCUAUUUUGACCUACCGUGGGCAUUUUAUUAUGAAACGAUUGUUAAGGGGGAGAAAGACAGGUUCUUAGCCCCCCUUCUUAUAAAAGGUCAUGCUGCUUGAGUGAUCAUCAUAGUAGUAUUAGCAGUAGUAGUAGCUGGUAGAUCUAAUUAUCAGAUGGAAAAAUUUCCCAGACUGUGGAUCUUUGGAACUUGAAGGGGAUGUGAUGCUGUAAAAAUUGCAUGAACUCUUGUGAUCAUAUGCAAGAAGUUACUGUAUGCAGCAUUUUUUGCAAUAGCAGAUCAUGUAACCAGACCUACAAUGUCAAUGAUUUGGAGUAUCUAUAUCAUAGGUGACUUGCUUCCUUUGGAAAGAUCUAACCUCAUAGAGCUCAAAUGCAUUGAUCAAUUGUGUCUCAUGCCUGCAUCCUUGGGAUAGCCACAAACUUCAAAUUUUGCAUCUUCCUGGUAUAAAAUGCGACGCUUCGUCCUAUUUCUGCUCCUCUCAAGACGGUAGUAGAGAGAGGAGACAGAGCGAGAGGGGGGGAGAGAGAGAUCGGUGAUGGCGGAUCUUGUGUACCACGCAUUUGCUUUCGUCGCCUUGUUCUCUCACGGCCUUUACCAUCUGAUCUCAGCCACCCGCGCCCACCUCGCCGUCCCGUCGUCCUCCUUCUCCACCUCCGGUCGCGGUGCUGCCGUCGCUGCCGACCAUACCGCCCGCCCCUACUACCCGCUCGCACUCGCCGCCCACCGUCACCACCUACUCCGCCACCUCCCCCUCUACCUCGCCCUCCUCUGCCUCCUCGUCGCCAUCGCGGUCCACGCCUUUUUCUCCUCGCCCGAUGGAGCCCAUGCUGCCGCCCAACGCUUCUCCUACCUCGAGUCGGCCGCCGCCCUCUUCGUCUUUGUCCUCCUCGCCGCCUCCAUCUUGAUCCUCCCACUCCCGGCGGACGUCGUCUUCCUCCUUGCCGCCCUCGCGUUUGCCCUCCUCUCCGCUGCAUCCGCCCACUCGGCCGCCGCAUACCAGCAAUCCGAACUCCAGUCCAAGUGCGACUCCAUCUCCUCGCUUGUCUCUGCUGCAUCUGCUACCUCCGCGCUCGUUGUGGCCAUUGCUCCGAGGCUCUUCGUUGCGGAGCUCGCCUUGGCAGCCUCCAUUGCCCUCCAAGGUCUCUGGUCAUUCCAGACCGGCAUCUCCCUCUACGUCGACGCCUUUAUUCCCGAGGGUUGCCACCAGAUACUGGGUGUCCGCGACAUCUCCACCAACUGUGAUCUUGACAGUUCCCUCCACCGCGCCGCUGCGCUCCUUGAUCUGGCCUUUGCCCUCCACGCCACCCUCAUUGCCAUUACCACCUCGAUCGUGUGUGCUACCUCGACCAGGGCAUACAGUAGCAGUGGGCUCGUCCGAAGGCACAAUGGAGAUUCCUACGAGGCUCUGCCGGCCUCAUUAUCGACCGGAACUCUCUCAGAUAUGGAUCACAUUCAGAUGAAGGCGUUCUCCAAGAGCUCAACGCAGGCCUAAGAUAAGUUCUUCCUUUAUCCCUACUCCUCACUUAGGUUUAAUUCCAAAAGGAUUUACUAAUGAGUUGAACAAAAUUGCUUGAUCCAUUUACAAAAGGGAAAAAAAGAAAACAAUCAGUGUUUGGGGAAGUUUGCUGCAAUUAUACAGGGAUGCAUGAAGACAGAGGAUGUUGUUUUAGGUGUUGAAAUUCUCCAUCAUGAUUGCCUCAAUGUUAUGAUGGGUAGUAUCCAACUGAUCUUGAUGAACUUAUGUGCUUGCUCAAUGAAAAUUCUCCAGGAUAUUUAAUGCUUUUGGAAAAGAUGAGCAUGACGUCGUGGAGAUGCAUGGAGUCGAUGAUAGAGUACAGAGUGUUCAGAAAGAUUGAACAGAGUUGUAUUUAAUAUUUUUCAACCAGCUUGUUUCUUAGUUUAUUUCACAAUGUGUUGUUCUAACUAUUCUCUUUUAUCUGUCAGUAUUUUCCUCAGAAGUCUUGUGCCAUGAGGUGUUUGAACUAAAAUGUAAUAUUACCAUAUAGUCUCUUUCUUAUUC